AUGUUGUUUGUUGCUUGUGAAGGAACGCCGUAUGAGAUCGGCUACCGGCAUGGCCACGCUGCAAAACUGCAAAUCGAUCGCGGCAUCGACUUCUAUGCGUCUCUGUUUUUGAAGAACUGCAAACAGACAUGGCCCCAGGUCCUACAGCAUGCCUUGGUAUUUGAACAACAGGCGAAGGCGCAAUGGCCAGCGUAUCAGGAAGAAAUGAAAGGCAUUGCUGAUGGUUCUGGGCAUGAUUUACUGGAUAUUGUGGCACUGAAUGUGAGGACGGAAAUCAACUUUGGUUUGUUCAGCGAUGGGUGUACAGCGCUUGCAUGGCACACUGGUAAUCACGCAUGGCUGGCGCAAAACUGGGACUGGAUGGCUGAGCAGAAACAAAACCUCAUAAUCACCAAAAUCACCCAAGCCAACAAGCCUACAAUAGUCCAGGUCACUGAAGCAGGCAUCAUUGGGAAGAUAGGCUUCAACAGCUUCGGUGUGGGCACUUUGUUCAAUGCCAUCAAAGUACAUGGCGUAGAUUCCACUCGAAUGCCUGCUCAUUUCGGCCUCCGCAUGGCUUUAGAGAGCAAAAGUGCAGAUGAAGCCGUCCGAAAGCUCCAACGCUUCGGGAUGGCGUCUUCGGCUCACAUCCUCAUAGGAGACGCAACGACAUCUGUGGGCCUGGAGUUUACAAAAAGUACAUUUGCGCGCAUAUUACCAGACUCUACCGGCAAAGUUAUUCAUACAAACCAUCUUCUUCGCGAUCAUCCUGGCGAACUCGAUACAGUGUGGAUCAAAGACUCUCUGACCCGUGUUCGGACCAUGGCUGAAAACACUGUAGCAGUAGGCGCGGACCCUAGUUGGGAGCAGGUGCAUCAGCUAUUCCAAGACGAACAGAACGCUCCAGGGUCGAUAUGCAGGACCGAGACAGAGGAGACUGGAAGUGGGACGCUGUUCAAUAUCGUAAUGGACUUGAAGAGCAGAAAGGCAGUCGUAAACGUGGGCAGACCCACAGAGGUAGAAGAGACGGUCAAUCUAGAGCUUUGA